AUGGAGGACCGUGCUUCAAUUUCUGAAAGCUUAACAUUCAUAAAAUAUGGUAAUAAGAAACAUCCGCUCAGCAACCGAGAUCCAACAAGAAAAAAUAGUUCAGAUAAUGAAAUUAUUAAACUUUUAGAAAAGUCAAAAGAAAAGGAUGGUAAACCGAAUGUAUCGUUACAUUAUAUAGAGGAAGAACCAAGAGACAUUUCAGAACAGUCAAGGGCCAGAAAAAUGAACAGUUUUUAUGAAAGUAAAGUGAAAACUGGAGGCCUUCACAUUGCCUGUAAAUCGGGGGAGAAACACAUGUGCAAAUAUCUCAUUAAUCGCUAUCCAGCCAUGCUUUUUCAGGUAGAUAAUGAUGGAUGGAAUGCAGCAUUAUGUGCAGCACAAGGAGGAAAUGUUGAAAUCUUAGAACUUCUGGCAGAAAAUGGCGUCGACUUGAAAUAUAAGAACAGAAUUGACAGUGAUAUUUUUCACAUUGCUUGUAUGAAUUCUCGAUUGGAAAUGUGCCAACAUAUCAUCCAACAUUAUCCAGAAAUGCUGAAACAGUUGAAUGCCAAAGGAUGGAAUGCUGCAUUUUGCGCCGCACACGCAGGAAAUAUUCAAAUUUUACAACUUCUGGCAGAAAAAGGCGUCGACAUGACACAUAAAAACAAGAAUGGCAGUAAUAUCCUUAACGUUGCUUGUAGCAAUUCUAAAUUAAAAAUGUGCCAACAUAUAAUUCAAUAUUAUCCAAAUAUGCUCAAGCAGGAAGAUGAUGAAGGAUGGAAUGCCGCAUUGUAUGCCGCACAGGGAGGGAACAUUGAAAUUCUACAACUUCUUGGAGGAAAAGGCGUCGACAUGACGCAUAAAAACAAGUAUGGCAGUAACAUUCUCCACAUUGCUUGUAGCAAUUGUAAAUUAGAAAUAUGCCAACAUACCAUCCAACAUUAUCCAGAUAUGCUUCAUCAGGUUGAUUAUAAUGGAUGGAAUGCUGCAUUGUACGCUGCACAAGGCGGAAAUGUUGAAAUUCUAAAACUUCUUACAGAAAAAGGCGUCGACAUAACAUGUAAAAACAAAAAUAACGUUAAUAUUCUUCACCUUGCUUGUAGCAAUUCUAAAUUAGAAAUGUGCCAACAUAUCAUUCAGCAUUACCCAGAUAUACUUAAACAAGAGGAUUAUGAAGGAUGGAAUGCUGCAUCGUACGCUACCGUAAGUGGAAACGUUAUUAUUCUAGAAAUUCUCGCAGAAAAAGGUGUUAACAUAAAACAAAAAAACAAACGUGGCAGAAAUAUUCUUCAUAUUGCUUGUGUUAAUUCUCGAUUAGAAAUGUGCCAACAUAUCAUAAAACAUUAUCCAAAUAUGCUUAAGCAAGUAGAUUAUGAAGGAUGGAAUGCUGCAUUAUGCGCUGCACAAGGAGAAAGAGUUGAAAUUCUAGAACUUUUGGAAGAAAAGGGUGUCGACAUGACACAUAAAAACAAGUUUGACAAUAAUAUUCUUUACAUUGCUUGUGUGAAUUCUACAUUGGAGGUGUGCAGAUAUAUCAUUAAAUAUCAUCCAGAUAUGCUUUAUCAGGUAGAUUGUGCGGGAUGGAAUUCUGCAAUGUGCACCGCUUUUGGUGGAAAUGUUGAAAUUCUAGAACUUCUGGCAGAAAAAGGAGUCACCAUAAAACAUAAAAACAAAGUAGAUGGUAAUCUUUUUCACGUUGCUUGCAUGAAUUCUAACUUAGAAAUGUGCAAACAUAUUACCCAAUAUUAUCCAGACAUGCUUCAGCAGAUGAAUACUGCGGGAUGGAAUGCUGCAUUUUCAGCUGCACGAGGAGGGAAUAUUGAAAUCCUAGAACUUCUGGAAGAAAAAGGCGUAGACAUAACACAUAACAACAAGCUUGGCAGUAAUAUUCUUCACAUUGCCUGUGCUGGUGCUAAAUCAGAAAUGUGCCAACAUAUCAUCAAACAUUAUCCAGAUAUGCUUCAGCAAGUAAAUAAUAGAGGAUGGAAUGCUGCAUUAUUUGCUGCACAAGGAGGAAAUGUAGAAAUUCUAGAACUUCUGGCAGAAAAUGGCGUCGACAUGACACAUAAAACCAAAUUUGGCGUUAAUAUUCUUCAGGUUGCUUGUAGCUAUUCUAAAAUAAAAAUGUGCCAACAUAUCAUUCAACAUUAUCCAGAUUUGCUGAAGGAGGUACAUACGGAGGGAUCGAAUGCUAUAAUAUGCGCUGCAAUAGGAGGAAAUGUUGAAAUUUUAAGAAUUCUCGCAGAAAAAGGCGUCGACACGACACAUAAGAACAAAGUGGGUAGUAAUAUUCUUCACGUUGCCUGUCUCUAUUCUAAAUUAGAAAUGUGCCAAUAUAUCAUCCAGCAUUAUCCAGAAAUGCUUAAGCAGAUAAAUGAUGAAGGAUGGAAUGCUACAUUAUGCGCCGCACAGGGAGGGAAUGUCGAAAUUCUUGACUUUCUAGCAGAAAAUGUCGUCGACACGACACAUAAAAACAAGUAUCGCAGUAACAUUCUUCACAUUGCUUGUAGCAAUUCUAAAUCAGAAAUGUGUCAACAUAUCAUCCAACAUUAUCCAGAUAUGCUUAAGCAGAUAAAUGCUCAAGGAUGGAAUGCUGCAAUAUUCGCUGCAUUUGGGGGAAAUGUUAAAAUCCUUCAACUUCUGGCAAAAAAGGGCGUCAGUAUGACACAUAAAAGCAGGCUAGGUGAAAAUAUUCUUCACAUUGCCUGUAAGCAUUCUCAUAUAGAAAUGUGUAAACAUAUCAUCCAUUAUUACCCAGACAUGCUUAAUCAGGUAGAUUACAAUGGAUGGAAUGUCGCAUUAUGCGCUGCACAAGGAGGAAAUGUUGAAAUCUUAGAACUUCUGGCAGAAAAAGGCGUCGACAUGACACAUAAAAACAAGGAUGGUUGUAAUAUUCUUCACAUUGCUU